AUCACCUGAUGCGCCGGAGUCACAUGACCCGCUAUGGUCCAUGUGAGCGCUCCCGCUCCGCUCACUUCCGGGUUCCUUAGCGCUGGGGAGUUUAGAGCCGGGAGUGAGCGGGACGUGUGUCCGGUACAGGCUGCGGGGAGGGGGCGCUGUCAGCGCUUCUGCAGUACCCGCAGCCGCCUACCAUGUUAUGUGCCCCCCUGCUGGAUGGAAGCAGCUCGAUCUUCAUGUGCAAACUCUGCAACCUCUUUUCCCCCAAUCAUUCCGAGCUGGUGCUGCACGUGUCCGACAAUCACACGGAGGAGGGCCUGACCGCCGGCGACAUCAUCAUCCCGCUGAGACCCCUCGCGGCUUCCAACAGGAGCGGUGACGAUUUAUCAGCGGUAAAAAGGAAAAGAGGGAGGCCCAAAGGUUCCACCAAGAAGUCCAUCGCAGAAGAGGAAAGCACAGAACAGAGCAGCAAUGCAUCCGGCGACCUCCUCCCGGAAACGGACGAGAAACCGGACCCUGUACCGGAGAACCUGGAAUGUCGCAAGUGCAGCAGAACCUUCUCCAAUGUCCGGCAGCUGAAAAAACACAUUUGCAUUAUUGUGUUGAACGAUGAUGAAGAUGUCACCUCAGGCAACGAUUUUGAAGGGAAAUUCAUCCAGCCGGAGUCAGACAAAGAAAGGGAAAGACAACCAAAGAGGUCCCGCGUUCAGAAAACGGACAAAUCCGCCCAGCCCAAGGAUUCGGAUAAAGCACAAGGCGUUCACCCGAUCGUCCGGGUCCUUCUAACUGCUCACGAGGCUAUCCCAGGAGCAACAAAAAUCAUCCCUAUAGAAGCAGAAACUCCCGAAGCCGAACCAGAAAUAAAUCCUCAGACUUCCGAGCAAGAGCAGGUGCAGCGCAAGGGUUACCAGGAAUACGCCAUUCAGCAGAUACCCACCGAGCUGGCAACCAAAGCCAACAGGGUAGGACCGACCCAGCUCAAGAUUUUCACUUGCGAGUACUGCAAUAAAGUCUUCAAGUUCAAGCACUCCUUGCAAGCUCACUUGAGGAUCCACACUAAGGAGAAACCAUACAAAUGCUCGCUGUGCAGCUACGCCAGUGCGAUCAAAGCCAACCUGAGCGUCCAUAUGAGGAAACACACGGGGGAGAAGUUCAGCUGCGAUCACUGCACCUUCAGCUGCCUGAGCAAGGGCCACCUCAAAGUCCACGUAGAGCGAGUCCACAAGAAGAUAAAGCAGCACUGCCGCUUCUGCAAGAAAAAGUACUCCGACGUGAAGAAUCUAAUCAAGCACAUCAAGGAAACGCAUGACCUGCUGGAUAAAAAGGUCCAGGAGACCUUCGACGAGCUGAGGUUGCUCACCAGGGAAGGGAAGCGCCAGCUUCUGUACGACUGUCACAUCUGUGAGCGCAAGUUCAAAAAUGAGCUGGAAAGGGACAGACACAUGCUGGUUCAUGGCGACGAGAGACCGUUCGCUUGCGAGCUGUGCGGUCACGGAGCCACCAAAUACCAGUCCCUCGAGCUGCACAUCCGCAAGCACCCGUUUGUGUACGUCUGCUCCUUCUGUUGUAAGAAAUUUGUCAGCACGGUGAGACUAAAAGCCCACAUCAAAGAGCGCCACUCGGACGCACAGGAGGCCUUGGUAUAUAAUGACUCCAUCAAUCAAAGCUUUUGUCUUCUGGAACCAGGCAGUGAUAUCCAGCCUGAAGCCCUCAGAGAUAUAGAAAAUCCUGCUAAACCAUUGACAUUAAAUGGGGACUUAUCAUUGGUUCCAGAAUUGCACAGCACUGGGCAAGAGAACACCAUACAGACUGAUGCCCUAGGGACAACAUCAGAAGGGCAACAGGAGUCCAUGGGUGCUUUCCAAGUAGCAGAGAAGGAGCCAGGAACCUGUUUACCUAUUUUAGAAAAUGGCGUUGACCCCAAAGCGGGGCCACUCUCCACCCUUGGGUCUGUAGAGAAUGAGAUUUCCUGCAAAGGUUUUGUGCCUCUCUCGUCUGAGAACGAGAAUAAUCAUUUCUCUUCUGAGCAUGAACCUGUUGAGGGUCUCCAUUCUGCACCAGCAACCAAUCAAGCUGCAGAUAAUAUUUUGGGUUCUGCAGUGUUGGAGGAAGGGGCUAGAAAUGUAUCUUCCAGAACUGAGCAGAGCACAGAAGUGGCAGAAGGAGGCCCAAACCCCACAACCGAGCCCUCUAGUCAUCUUCUUGCCUCGAAUCCACCACCCAGCAGCCCAGGGGAAACUGCCGCAUUUAUGGCCAUAUUGAAUGGCUUACAUAAGAGACAGCUGAGCACUGCCUUAAUGCAGAAGAUACGAAAGAUCUAUGGCGAACUGGAGUGUGAAUACUGCGGCAAGCUGUUCUGGUACCAAGUACACUACGACAUGCACGUACGGACUCACACGCGGGAGCAUUUGUACUACUGCUCACAGUGCAGCUACUCUUCCAUUACCAAAAACUGCCUGAAAAGGCACGUGAUCCAGAAACACAGCAGCUUGCUGCUAAAAUGCCCGUCGGAAGGCUGCAAUUACUCCAGCCCCGAUAAGUACAAGCUGCAGACGCACAUCAAAAUACACACGGAUCUGGAGAAGAAAACCUAUUCUUGCCCUUCCUGUGAGAAGUCUUUUUCGGAUGAUCGACUGAUAAAAUCCCAUAUAAAAACCAACCACCCUGAGGUUCCUUCGAGCCUAAUCUCAGAGGUUCUAGGCCGCAAAGUCCAAAUGAAAGGACUGAUAGGAAAACGUGCGGUGAAAUGUCCCUUUUGUGACUCGUAUUUCAUGAAAAAUGGCUCUGACCUGCAGCGGCACAUAUGGGCUCAUGAAGGGCUAAAACCAUUUAAAUGUUCGAUGUGCGACUACGCUACACGCAGCAAAAGUAACCUGAAGGCUCAUAUGAACCGGCACAGCACCGAGAAGACACAUUUGUGCGACAUGUGCGGCAAGAAGUUCAAAUCCAAAGGAACCCUUAAGAGCCAUAAGCUCCUUCAUACAUCCGAUGGCAAGCAGUUCAAGUGCACAGUCUGCGAGUUCACGGCUGUUCAAAAACGACAUCUUGUGCGUCACAUGGAACAACAUACCUCUUUUAAGCCAUUUGGCUGUGCCUUAUGUCACUAUUCCUGCAACAUACCUGGAUCCUUAAAGAGACAUUACAACAAAAAGCAUCCGGAUAAGCAGUGUGUGAACGCCGGGACGGGCGAGAUUUCCCAGGAAGCCGUGCUCCUCCAAGGGGGCAUGAAGUGUCCUGUGUGUAGCUUUGUGUAUGGAACGAAGUGGGAGUUCAAUAGACAUCUGAAGAACAAACAUGGCCUGAAGCUGGUGGAAAAUGAAGGAGACGCCAAAUGGGAGUCCCUUGACACGACGGAGGAAACGUGUACCCAGUACCUUCAUAUCGCUGACACAGAAACAGAUGUUCAGGGAACAGAGGCCGCGGUGGCAGCUCUCCAAGACCUUCGAUAUACCUCAGAUACCAGUGAUAAGCUUGACCCCACGGCUGUGAACAUUCUCCAGCAAAUCAUUGAGCUGGGCGCGGAACCCCACGACGCGGCUGCUGUCGCCUCCGUCGUUGCCAUGGCACCCGGAACCGUUACAGUGGUCGAACAGGUGACGGAAGAGGAGCGCACAACCAAUCACGCCGUCAUGAUCCAGGAGGCCUUGCAGCAAGCGUCCGUGGGCCUCGGCGAGCAGCAUCACUUGGUCGUUUCGGCAGAUGACGUCGAGGGGAUCGAGACUGUUACAGUUUAUACUCAAGGGGAAGAGGCCUCGGAGUUUAUCGUUUACGUACAGGAGGCCAUGCAGCCCGUGGGAGAUGGAACCAUGGAACACAUCUUGCAGGAGAUCUGAAGAACCUCCCCUAACCGUAAUGACCGACAUUUGUUACAAAUUUUGUAUAUUUCCUUGUAAAGUCCCCUUUUUUUAAAGAAAAAAAUGAAUUGAGUAAAUACUAUUGCCAUGUAACGAGACUGCCCUAGAAGGACACUUUUCAUUCAAAAUGUCCUUAUUUCCAGCAAUAAAUGCAGAAAACAUUUUAUUUAGCUCAGGAUUAUUCUUUAUUCACAUUAACUGCCACCUGUCUCCCCACUGCCGACCAACCAAUCAAACAUUCAUCUUUUAGUGCCAGGUCACAUGACGUUGUUCUCCUAUAAAUAUGAAAAUAAAGCAGUUCAGCUUUGUGAUCAGGGCUGGAAGUUACUCAA